AUGUACUUCUUUCUUGCUAGCUUAUCUUUUAUGGAUGCAAUUUAUUCUACAGUUAUUUCCCCCCAAAUGAUUUCCCACUUGUUCUUUAGGGAAAAUAUCAUAUCCUUCAAGAAUUGUAUGACCCAGCUUUUUACAGGACACUUUUUUGCUGGGGCAGAGGUCUUUCUUCUGUUGGUGAUGGCCUAUGACCGCUAUGUGGCCAUCUGUAAGCCCCUGCACUAUUUGAUUAUCAUGAGGCCAUGGGUAUGUGUUGUGCUGCUGGUAGUUUCCUGGGUUGGAGGUUUUUUGCACUCAGUAAUCCAGUUGGGCACUAUUUAUGGGCUCCCAUUCUGUGGCCCCAAUGUCAUUGAUCAUUUCAUAUGUGACAUGUACCCCUUACUGAAACUCGUCUGUGUUGACACUUAUGUCAUUGGCCUCUUAGUGAUGGCCAAUGGGGGACUCAUCUGCACAACUGUGUUUCUGCUCUUACUUGUGUCUUAUGCUGUCAUCUUCCACUCUCUGAAGAACCUGAGUCUGGAGGGGAGGCGGAAAGCUCUCUCCACCUGUGGUUCCCACAUCACUGUGGUUGUCUUCUUUUUUGUCCCCUGUAUUUUCAUAUAUGCAUGA